AUGCCGCCGUCCCGUGAUAUACCAACUCUUCGACAACAAUGCCGGCAUCGUGACGACGGCGGGUUCCCUCGCGGAAUCAUCCACCCCGCCGUCGCCGCCGUUGCCGCCGUGGUGCCAACGGUGAUCCUGACAGAGAGUACCGCUACGAGCGCCGGUAGUCUGCCCUUGGGAUCUCAACAACAAGGCAACCUGCAUCAAGUACAUCAACAACAACAACAACAACAACCACAACCACAACAACAACAGUCGCGACAGAGAGUCAACCUAAUUGCCGAUGUACCCGUCAAUGAUGUCACAGAAAUGUCUGAUGUAUGCAUACUUAAAUGCUGAAGGAAAUCAACUGACUCCGCGAAGACGUGCCGGACGAGAACUCGUAGUUGAAUCUGCUCGCAUAAAAUUUGCAUGUGAUUUCGACAUACGAAUUAAAGUGGAUAAUUAAUGUCACGGAGGCGUCGGACGAGCAGCUUGCUUCACUUUUCGUGCUUCCGUUUUUUGUGAUUACUGCAGAAUGGACAAAGGCAGAUGGUUGUUUUCGAAUCGUGAAAAUAAUUCAAUUUAUCAACGAUAUUCAUUGCUGUGGAUAAAUUCAUGUAAAAAUAUCCAUGUAAUUUUAAUAUUCAAAAAAACAAAU